AUGUUGGAUUGGUCAUUUUCGCAUUUUUUUUUGAUCAUUGCAACGAUACCAUGUUUAUAUGUUUCGUUGUCUCUUUACCAUUCGAACAGCACCACUAUUCGAUUGUCAAAAUGUCUAUUGCCCCAGCUAAAAGUGUCAAUGUUCUUUUUCAUCUUUGUUCAUGCCACCACAAGAAAAGAAGCAAACCCGAAAAAAAAAAAAAGAAAUGAAGGGGGAACGGAGGAAUCAUUGUUGGCUGUGGAUGCUUACAUCUACCGCACGAAGCUUGACUUUGCAUCCGACAUAGCCGAUGCUCAUAUCGAUGCAAACUUGUCACUUUUCGACAAUGAGCCCUUGUUUAUCAAGACGUCAGUCCGCUUCUGGAUUCUGUCAAGGCUUUUGAUCUUCUGA